GCGGCAGAUGUUUGUAUCCAAAAUGGCCGUUGAAUAGAAAAAUUAGUGACCCGUGUCCUUUUUGAGGUGUUUUCUUUUUGUGAAUUUUUCUACAAAAAAUGACAAAAACUAAAGAAAAUCAGCUUACCGGCGUUUUAACGGACUUGCCUACCCUGAAGCGCAAAAGACAAUCUGAAGGAUAUUUGGGAUCCGUCGCGGAAAUUUCUACGGAUACAAAAACUUGUUUCACAAAUUCUGCCUUCAGUUCUACACCCAAGAAAAUUGUGGCUCGCAGGCGCACGGCUAAUGCGCUAAGGAACAAUUGUAUGCAAGACCCUUGCUUGGAAGUCAAAUCGAUUGCAGAUAUAAUACAGUCAAAUUGCUUUGUAAACGCCGCAUUAAAUCUACGAUCACAAGAUGCAUCUUCUACGCGUAACCCUUUUGAGAUCCAACGUUGUACCAAUGUUCAGCCCAUUACUGCUGUUGUUGGUGUCGAAAAUCGCGGUCUAGAUGACGGCCCAGCGGUGCCCACUGACUUAAAAAUAGUUUUACCAUUUAAGCCUACUUUGGGCUGCCGCAUCGACUUUUCAAACAUACCCAUUGAACAAUUAACUCCUACCAAACUGCUAGCAGAUAAGCUUGUAUUUUCUCCGGUUCUAGCGGUACCGAAGCGUUCACUGGAUUCGGCAAGCGAAGAGAGUAGCAUGGAUAUUGGAAAAGAAUUGGAUCGUUACCAGCUUGAGUUGGAAAACAGUAUCAACGAGGCAAAAAUGCGCAAAACCAAUGGUACAUGCAUGGAUUCCCAAACGAGCGAAUUAACUUUACAAGUAGAUGUGGAACAAAAAAUAACUUUUACACAAAGAUUGGCAGAGAUAGUUGAAGAAGAUGAAGAGAAGGAAAAUGAGAGUUUCAAAGACGAGAUUAUAAAAACUACUACAACCGAGGAGUUUACAAUUCAGUCACAUGAUACAGAAAUAUCUGGAAAAGCACAAAUCGAACAUGUUAAUGAUGAAUUAAAAACUGAAGAUGUUGCCUAUGCGUCUGAUUCUGAUGAUGAAGAGAUAGAUUUCAGAGUCCCUGCACCGUUUGUGCGCGCCUACCAUCGCAUUAAUCCACAAGAUGCAACUGGCAGCAAAGAGUCGCUACAUUCCACUGGCUCAAGUAACUCGGCGACAGACCAUAAAAAAUCAUUAAAUGUACGAAACAUAAUACGUAAGUCUCUAAGAAAACUGAUGCAUCCAAACAAGCAUGAUGACAUAGCAGAGAAAAAAUCGGUUGAAAAGCAGCAGCACCUUUUGCAAAAUGAAGAAGUAGAAACAAAAGAAAAGCAACCACACAUUGGUGCAUAUAAAUUUAUUCGUAAUAGCUUGCGACGCAAAGCGGCGCCCAAAACGACAAUUUGCACAGAAAAGGCGGCUGCGGUCAAAGCUGAAAUAUCCAUUAUUGAUACCAGUGAACGUAGUAUGAAACUCAAGGCGGAAUUGUUGCCGAAGGCAGAGGGAGACCGGAAACACUCAUUGCGGAGCAGUUUAAGACGAUCGACGCGCGAAAUAGGACAGCAUUUUAUGAAGACUGUGUUUCAUAAAAACCAAGAAGCCUACGAGUUCACUAAAUGAUUUAGUAUAUAAUUUACUAAAUGAUGUUUGCUGCUAUAUGUCACUGUUUUGCACCCAAAGAUAAUACUUAACCGUUUACUAAGUAAGUUUUUCUAAAUAUACAAUUUUUUAGAUUUGUUUUAAGCCACCAAACUAGCACUAUGAAAUUUCGGCAAACUGUGUUAAAUAUUGUAUUUCGUUUUUAAUAAAGAAUCGAUUUUGUAUACAUACUUUAUU